AAAAAAAGUCAUCGUUCCGAUUACAAACGUUGAAAGUGAGUUGCCGGUCGGUCGGAGCUAUUCAAUAGAAUUUUUGAGGGGUCUUGUUUGCCCACAAUGCUCCCUACAAUAUCUGUGGUAUACUUGUUGACCCAAAUACCCGUCUGUUUUCUUCAGGAGACCACAGUUCUUUCGCCCACGCAUCUGGUGGAACCGACACAGAUCCCACUCUACAGGCCGAAAUUGAUCAUUUUCGAAACAGAUCAUUUACUGUGGCCGUUUUGGGUGGACUACACGAACGUGAUCCCUCCUUUCAAGAAAGACGAGCACGGUAAUGUCACCGAUCAAAGAGGUUUGGUGCUGAAGCCUUACCCCGACGUUCCGCUGAUCUUGAAGAAAUUGAAAGAGGCGAAUCACACAUUGGCCGUGGCAGCGCGAGCAGAUUAUAGAGAAGCGACGGAGACCCUACUCAGAUAUUUUGACCUCAGACAAUUUUUUAAAUAUGUCGUCAUCCAAUCAUGCUCCAAGCGAUUCCAUUUCGAAGAUCUGAAGGAACAAUCGGGCGUGGAGCUCGGAGAUAUGUUGUUUUUCGAUCCCGAAGCAAGAAACAUUUUAACUGCUCAGCGAGUGGGCAUUCCGUCAAUUCUCUGCUCACACGGCAUGAACCUCAAAGCUCUUGACAAGGGACUUGCACAAUUUGCCCAACUGAAGCGGAAAGGGUCUUUGUGACAGAAUGUGCAUCGAAAAAGACAAUGUAGUUUUAAAAAUUUAAACUACUCGUAAUUAGGAAUGUGUUCACGCACUUAUUUUAUAUUAUCAUUUAUUUUUGUCAGUUUGUUGGUCACUCAUUUAUUUUAUUAGGAGAGAAAUAUUCCCCUCGCUUCUUUAACACGCGUUCCGAUCGCGAGGUUUUCAUUUAUUGAGUUAUUAAUUUUUUGUAUUUUUUAUUUAAUAUUUUGUAUUUGUUUUCAUUUUCCCCCCAUUCAUUUCCCUUUUUCAUUUUUCUUUUAUUAAUUUUAUUUUUUAUUUUUAUGUCACUUAUUUUUCUCCAUUUCUUCUCAUUUUAUAAACUCAGAGCACGAGGACCUGCAACUUGUCAUAAUUGGACAGGAUAAAGUAUUAGAAUAACACUCACCUAUCUACCUUUUUGGAGGGAUUUCGAACAUGGUCUAACAGAAACGCAAUAAAACUUAGUCAAAGGAGAAGAAGGAAGAAAUAAAGAGAAAGAGGUAGUAGAAAAAGAAUGUCUUCCUUUUCCGGGUUUUCCUUAUUCUUUUUAUGCAAACAACGAUGUCAGAUUUCCCUAGAAAUUGGUAUUUUAUCUAAAAUAAAAUUUUGCAACGUCGACAUGACGUUUCAACGUUUUCUGCAGCACAGCAGUUUCCGUGUUGAAUAGUAAUGAUAUGUGAUGGAAAGUAGAAUUUGCCCAGAGAAAACUUUUUUCGGCCACUUGGAAGUUGCGAUUGGAUAAGGAAGGUUCAGAUAUAGAAACCUGUUUUCGCUCACAAAAUUAUCAGAAUAAGGGGAGAUCGAAAAAGAAAAUUCAAAAGAAGGAAAAAGACCAACAACCACGAACCACGGGGAAAUUCCCUCCGAAAAUAGCCAAAGAACACAGGUUCCAGUCAAUUACGAUUACAUGGUAGGUACCAUUCUUGCUGAUGCAGCGACUUGUUACUUGUGUUGCCUAUGUACUAAUUGAAGGGACUUUCAAGUAUGAUUGAUACGAUAAAAUCGAAAUCGUUGCAAAUGUUUUUUUGCACUGCAAAUUUCCUAUCAAUAGUCCACCUUAAUAUGGAAUUGUCAUUUAUUAGUCAAAUGAUUUCAAAAAUUUGCAAUUUAUUUCAAUACUUUUUUUUUAGAAUGCUACUUAAGUCAGGGGAAACUUUCUGUUCAAAAUCACGAGGGACCAAGAAGGUGACUGAAUGAAAAUAAAAAAUAAAUUAAAAAAAAAAAAAGUAAAGGAAAAAAACGCAUUGACAUUUCAUCAUUACCUAUAUUGCAAAAAACGUUUUUCCCAUUGAGUCCACAAUUAUCUGCUCUUAGAAAUUUUUCAUUUUAUUAGCAAAUAAAUAUGUCAUCUUUUGCAAUAAUAUCUUUCAAUUGAAUUAGAAUUAUAUCAAAUAGUCAUCUUGCAGUGUUUCAAACUCAUCUUCCAUUUUAAUUCCUCGGAGGAAGCCCAACCAAGCAGUCUGCUCAGUGCUUAAGAGUUAUAGCAUCACUGUUUAUCCUGUAUUUGAAUGUAUGCAAAACAUUCGAUAUGUAUCGAAACGGGUCACCUAACCUACAAUCGAUAUUUGUAUUGGAUUUAAACGGAGAAAAUAGUGUUGCCAUUUCGCGGAUUCAUUAUCGACUGAACUGAACGUUUCAGAGAUGCUUGACACAUAAAAUCGGCGCAGCCCUAGUUUUUGUUUUAAAGUCGUAGCAUUGUUUUUUCUCUCUAUUUAAACCUAUUACAACCAAUCAAGUCUAGGUUUAAACACUUUGACAUACUUGUAUUGAUUGUUUUAAUUGACGAGACCCGGCGUUGCCACUGUUGCCACCUCAAUGGAAUCGCCACUGUACCAACCAAGUCAGGGGAAUGGUUACUACGCAGCGGCGAAGCUUGAAUAAUCGAUUUUAGAUAUUUUCCCAUUUGAAGCAAUAGUAAGGAAUCGAUUAUUAAGAUACUCGUUGCGAACACCUUAAUGAUCGAUCUUUUUCCAAAAUUUUACAUGGCAGAUCAAUCGAUGUAUUGCGGAGCGCGCUACGCCACCGUAUCGUGGAGACUUCAACGCAGAGUUAGGACACUAAACCGAAGAUGUAUUGGAUUUCAUUCUGCGAUUAGUUAUACUGAAAUUUCUGGCUCAGUUUAGAAACAACAUAUGUUUACCAUUAGUUUCCAUAUGCUUUUAAGCGUUUACAUGAAGGAGCCAGAAAUUUCAGUCUGUAUAAUCGCAACAUCUAGUUCAACUUUCUCUCUCGUCUUGAGACUAUCGAGCCAACUAUGUCACUUAUGAUUUCCGUAUUUUUUUUUCUUAAUUGAUUAAAUGAUUAGAAACA